UGUGGGUCCACUGUUCGGCGAUGGCAUGACGACACCACGCAUCAGCGUGACGGGCAAACAGCUGCCAAUACCACGUAUCGUGUCACGUACCAUGCAUCCUGACGAGGGCUACCAUGAACACGCCGGCACCGUCAUGAUUGUCGCUUGGGGUCAGUUCAUGGACCACGACUUCACGCUCACUGCCACUCCACUUGAUCCCCUGAAUAAGAACGAGCCAGAGGAAUGCUGCAACCGACCUCCCCACCUCAAGAACCCCUACUGCUUGGACAUAGAAGUGCCUGAGGAUGACUAUUUCUACAGAAAAUUCGGCGUCAAAUGUCAGGACUUUGUCAGAGGAUUCCCGGCCGUGCGUCCUGGAUGCAGACUAGGUUCAAGGACACCUUUCAACACGUUAACUGGUGUUAUCGACGCAAAUACUGUUUAUGGAGUGUCUGAGCAGUUUGCCAGACAUUUACGCAGCGGAUAUGGAGGUCUUUUGAGGAUGAACCCAGUAUUCUCAGAAUACGGUCUAAAAGACUUGCUACCAAUGAAACUCGAUAUUCCCGAUGAAGGCUGUACAAGAACUAACAGAUCUCAGUUCUGUUUUGAAGCAGGAGAAAUUCGAGUGAAUGAGCAACUCGUGCUUGCUUGCAUGCACACACUUAUGGCCAGAGAACACAACAGGCUGGCACAUGCCCUGUCUCAAAUCAAUCCCCACUGGGAUGAUGAAACUCUUUAUCAGGAGGCCAGAAGAAUUGUCAUUGCAGAGAUACAACACAUUACUUACAACGAAUUCCUUCCAAUUCUUCUAGGAAAAGAGAUCAUGGAGAAGUUUGGUCUUCUACUACAGAAAGAGGGCUACUGGGAUGGAUAUGAUCCUGAAGUGAAUCCAAAUAUAAUUGAUGCGUUUUCUGCAGCAGCUUUUAGAUUUGGCCACACUCUAUUACCAACAGCUGUAGAAAGAUGGAGCAAGGCUCACAAAUUCAUAGCUUCAAAGAGAUUAUCAGACCUGAUCAGACGGCCAUACGACUUGUACAGAGCUGGUGUGAUUGAUGAAUACUUCAUGGGGCUGAUGAAUCAAGUAGCACAAGCCAUGGAUGAUUCAGUAACGCAAGAAGUCACCAACAACUUAUUCAAGAAACCAGGACGACACUUUGGAAUGGAUCUUGUCGCGUUCAAUAUGCAAAGAGGAAGAGACUUUGGAAUUCCAGGAUACAUGGAGUUCAGGAAAUUCUGUGGACUACCAGGUGCUCAUUCCUUUGACGGUCUUUUUGGAGCUAUGCCGAAUACAACAAUAAACCGUUACACAACUGUUUAUGACCACCCAUCGGAUGUGGACUUGUGGUCGGGAGGAGUGUCGGAGCGGCCGCUACCAGGCAGCAUGAUUGGACCGACUUUCGGCUGCAUCAUAGCCACUCAGUUCAGCUACGCCAGGAGAGGUGAUCGGUUCUGGUAUGAGCUGCCCAAUCAGCCAUCAUCUUUCACACCUGAGCAACUGCAGGAAAUAAGGAAAAUCAAAUUGGCGAGAAUAAUUUGCGAUAACACUGAUCUAAUAGACACUAUCCAAGUCUACCCAAUGGUCUUGCCUGACCAUGAAAUUAAUCCAAGAGUUCCAUGCAGAAGCAGCAUACUUCCUCACAUAGACUUGACCAAGUGGGCCGACUUCAGUGGCUCGCCCACAGGUCAGUCCGGUCCAGGAGCAUUCAGCAACAACAUCCAUGGAACAGCAUUCGAUCCACUACUAGGAAAGAAAUGACAAACUCUAGUUGAAUAGAUUAGUGUGAACAUUUUCAAGAACAUUGAUUUGAAGCGUCAACUCUCCAUCAUUCUGUUGACCAGUAACCACCCUCGACUGAAUAUAAACUCAUGCCAUUCAUAUUGAAGGGGUGGAAUAAGAGAAGUCACUUUACACUUCAGACUUACAUUUAUGACUCUUCUGCUAUUCAUAAACGUACGAGAAAUAUCAUAAUAGAAUUGCGAGUAAACAGCUAAUCAUUAUCGAUAACAUUUAUAAUUAUUUAUUUAGUUACCAUAUACAUCCAAGAACUCAAUAUUUAAAAGAUUAUUCAAUUUAUAACAACUUAUAAUAAGAUGUUUGUGUGAGAACAUUUGAUUUAAGUAGAAAAUAGGUUCUGCUCUUCUUCUCAAAUUUAUUCCACAAUCAUCAACAAAGCGACUUUGAAGUAUUCGGAUUUGAAAGAAGUUUCCUUAUAAAUAAAUUAAUUUUCCAUUCAUUAAUGACUAAACAAAUUUAAUGGUAAGUUUAGUUAAUGACGUUGAGUAUGUGAAGCAAUAGCCAUUUAAAGUACUUUAUGAUUGAUUUUAUUGGCUUCUAUUAUAAUUUUGACAGAAAUAAUUUGGAUAAUCUGUCACAAUAAAUAAGAUUUGAUAACCUUACAUUCCAUCAUAUCAUUCUCUUUUAAGAUAAUUUAUACUUUAAAAAUAAAAUGAUAUUUCUAAUUCUGAUAAUCUUUUUGUAAAAAUGAUGGAUUCAGGAAAGCAUGAUUUCUGAACUUCUACAUGAAAUAUUACAAACAUAGGCCUACUAUUUAUUUGUUAUAAUAAAUACUAUUAUAGGCCCAUUAUCAUCAACCAAACGUACAUAAUUCUUUAUGGAAUUUUAAUAAUGUGUCAUCUUAGUUCAAGUAAUAAUAGUAUUAAAAAAGGACUUUUUCCAACACUAAGAUACGAGACAUCAUGAAUAUUUAUGUCAGCUCAAAAGCACUGUAUUUACGGUAUAUUUAUUUAUUAGUGUGAAUAAAUCUGAAAAUUUGAAAAAUAUAUUAAAAUUGGUAAAAUUUAGCUAUAUUUACUUUUUAUGCUCAAUAAAUUGUAAUGUCUUCUUGGACUGCAUUUUGGGCCACCUAGGUGAAUCUAUGUGCAGAUGAAGGAUGUAAUUUAUUAUUUCAAUACAAAUUAGAAAAAAAUAAGGCACUGAAUUUACCAUUUUCCAUUUCAACUCUUUAAUUCAAAUCAAAGUACCUACUGAUUUGACCUUAGUUCAUGUAUAUUUGUGCCAAAACUAGUUUAUUAAAUAACUUUUAAGAGAUUGUAAAUAAUGUGUAAUGAUUACUAUAGAACUAAUAAUUUGCAAUAAAGUGUUUGAAAAUAACUCUUGUGAUUCUUGUAUGAAAGGAUAAAAAAUAUUGAUGAGAAGGUAUUGCUAGUUUGUCUGAUCAAUUAAAUUCUGUAUCAAUUCAACAUGAAAAGUUGAUGAUCGUAGGAUUAAGCUUGAAAGUUGAAAGCUCAAAAGAAAAAUACUACCUAUGAAUUGUUGUGGUUUUGGAGCUCAAAACCUUUUCUUGAAUGAUGGAUGUGAACCAAUAGAGCUUGAUUUUGUUACGCAAUAUUAUAUUGUAUAAAGAAUUAUUAUCUUAAAUUUUUGAAAAAACUCAGGUUGAAUAGUUUUUUUUUUCUUAUAACCCAAAACUUAACAAAAUUUGUUAUAAUUUGCCUCUGCUUCUACUGUAUUUAAUAUAUAGCUCAAGUUCUUGAAUAGUCUUGGAUUACCUUAUAUUAUUAUACAAGCUCUUAUUAUUGGAUAAUGAAAAGUUAAAUAACCUUAUUCUUCUGAAAAAAGUAUUGAAUUUUCCCAUUGACAAAAUCAAAUUUGUACAGAUAAUUUAAAUUCUUUAUUGUAGCUAUUGUAUAGUUUUUUGUAUUCUUUAUUUAUCGUCAGUAUUUGUUCUCAUUUCAUUAUAAUCAAUAAAAUAUAAUAAAUUAUAAAAUGGCUUCAUUAAAACGUUAUAGUUAACUAUAUAGAGGGUUGAAUAAAUACAGUAAUGUUCCUGUCGG